AUGGACGGCGGCCAGCAUGUUAUCUGCCAAACCGGCGUCAGUCUGCGCUCCCGCAUUCCCGACGUCAUGGGUCGCAGGGAGGCCAUGGCUAUGACACCCAUCCUCUCUAGUCACCUGAUCCACGAGUCAAGGCGGGCUGCCUCGCGUCUCUUCACGCAACCGGCCUCCGCGGAGGGCAGUCUGCCACAGCUCCUCUGCGCCCUCCUAAUUACUCGUGCCCAGCUGGCUGUCAGUCUAGCCAAGCGCAACAAGUCUGCUGCUACUGAGGCGCCGGAUGGCAAUGGCAAAAGCCAACUCCUGGUGAAGCUACGCAAGGUGGGUUCAAGUUACUCAGGCAUUCUCUGCGUAACCCGCUCUAACGACAUCAACGGACACCAUUGGCCAGUGCAACGUUUAUCCGGCCACCCGCUCCUUCCCCUGCUGAUUACCAGUUCUGCGUUUCGUGCCGCCGAGGGCUCAUCAGCUGAACUUUUGCUCUGGCUCUCAGACAGUGCCAGUCCCCUAUCAUCAGACUGCAGACAAUCCGCCACCGACACUUGUCUCUCCGGCAGCCCUCUCGAUUUCCGUCCCGCCAACUCUCAGGGCCUGCGA